AUGUUUGCACUUCAAGGUGACUCUUCCAAUGACAGAAAUUUCUAUGGUCCUGUUUUGCAGAAUCCACGACUUGGAUGGGGAGAGCCUUAUACUCCAUCUCCCCUAUCUCCGUGGAUGCCAUUACCCGGUGACCCUUUAACAGAUUCAGCUCCAGCACCAUUACAACGUUAUCAGUUUCAUCAAGGCGCAUAUAUGCAGGAUAAUCAGCAAAUGAUGGCCUUGCAGGAUCGCUGCAAGGCACUGGAGAUUCAGGUCGUCAAGCUGACUACUGAGCACGAUGCAUUCCAGUCAAUUUUUCAACAGCUUGCCAGCGCACUACAGCAGUCUGGAAACCCUCUUACCUUUGAUCCUACUUUCCCUGCCCAGCUAGGUAGCAAUGAUGCUAAUCGCCCCACGCCUCAAACACAUCCAAAAGUUCGCUUUUGGAACCAGAUCGACUACAUUGAAUGGCUCGACACUUCCAUGGGCCGACUCUCUGACCGUGGAAAGUUAGGCUACCUCGAGCAUGAAAAUGGUGGUUCGAUUCCCGCAACUAUGGUCAAGGGUAUUCGGAAAGCCCUCCGUGCUGGCUGGUGUGAACUAACUAAUCGCAAACUUGCCCCAAAGACUUGGGGUGUUUUAUCUGCCUCCGGACGAAAGCUCAUUCACACCCUGAUGGAGGACGCCUAUCCCUUGCUAAAGUUUGCCAACGAUGGAUGGAAAUUAGAGUACCUUGCCAGCACAUCAUACUCUGCUUGGCGUAGAACCUAUCUCACUGACGACGGCAACUGGAAGUCGAAGAAUCACGGCAAUGAGGACGAGGAUGAAAGUGAUGAUGGAAAUGCUGGUGACUCGCAAACCUCGGGCUUAAAAGGUAAAAAGCGUAAGAAGGCGAAAUUCUCCAUCAAGUCCGAAGUCCCUCAAAAGAAGAUGAAAGCUGAUUCCGAGUCUGCUGAUACGAUUCUACCGCAGAUAUCAACUACCGAUACACCAUCAUCAUCAACUUCAAGUACUCCACCUUUAGUCGUUUCGCCUCUACCUUCCCAUUCUUCAUCAGACUCUCCAACACCAGACUCUCCGACAUCAAACUUUCUGACGCCCUCUCCAAUAGCACUAGCAUCUCUGACACUAGCCUCUCUAACAAUAGCAUCUCCGACACCGGAUUCCCCACCCGAACUUCUACCAACUGCUCCUGCGCUGCUUUCUCCCGAGUUAGGCCCGGACUUACAUAAUAAAGAAAAUAUCCCUCCAAAGCUCCUCGCUGCACCGACACAUAUCAACGUUGUAGUUGCAAAUCCGCUGGCAGCACUUGCUCUCGCAGCAUCACAAGUUCAGUUGCCACCUCUUCCUCUCGAACCUGCCUCUUCCCCACUCCCUUCUGCACCCAAUGGUGCCAAUUCUGAGGCGAACACUCAAAAUCAUGCUGGUCUCCCCACCACGGACAACGCUAAUGCUUCAAAGGCUACAACAGGAUCUACCAAAAUCAGCACCAAGGGUAAGAUGCGUCCGAGCAGUACUAAAAAUGGACGCAACUUGUGUGCCCAACGUGUUAGAAUAACCAAGUGA